AUGGAGCAGCCUCACGACACGGCGUGCCAGAUCAGACACAGCGGACUUGUCUGCGGUGCUCAGACGCCUAUGUCGCUCAAGAUCGACGAUGGCGUCUUCGGUGCUGUCCCUAGAAUUCGGUUAUUGACACCGCGAGUCGGUGCUUUUGCUGCCGUCGUAGGUGCCAAUGACAUCAACACCAUCAAGAUACCCGACGAGGUGGCAUCUGACCUGGCUGUAUCCCUGGGGAGUGGAACAGCCAGGGUGGCUUUAUUCAAGUCGCUACAAGUGCCGUGGGUCUUGAUCCAUCUUGUAUAUCUGGUCAAUCCGCUCAAGAUGAUGAUUGGGGGGUGA